AUGUGGGUGCCGGCUAGAUCCUCUUCUGGGGCGGUCGCCUCAGGGCAGAGGGACGAGACGCGGGUUUCCCCUCGCCAUCCGGAACAACAUCGUGAGACGAAUGGCCUGUCUGCCGCUGGGCAUCAACUAUCGGCUGAUGAGCCUUCGCCUGCCUCUCCGGAAGGACAAAUUCGCUACCAUCUUCAGAGCCUACGCCCCCCCUUGACGAGCCCCAAUGCUGCAAAAGACAAUUUCUACGAGGACCUGCAGGCCCACCUGACGAAUAUGUCAAAGGCGGACAAGUCGUUUGUCCUCGGUGACUUCAAAGCAUGCGUCGAAACAGACCAUGCAGUCUGGCAAGGAGUGCUAGGUCUCCGUGGUCUCUUCGGCUCCAAUAACGACUGCAUGUUCCCUUCCUGCACCUUCGCAAAACACCGGCUCAUCCUGACGAACACCUUCUUCUGUCUGCCGGAGCGAGAGAAGGCCACCUGGAGGCAUCCUCGGUCGCGUCAGUGGCACCUGCUGGACUAUGUCCUCGUCCGAAGGCGAGACCAGCGGGACGUACUCGUGGCAAAGGCGGUCGCGGGUGCUGACGGGUGGACCAACCAUCGCCUUGUCAUCUCGAAGACGCGUAUUCACCUACGGCCUCGCAAGAGACCACAAGGUAAGCGACCCUCAGGUAAGCGGAAUAAUGCCUUGUUAUCUUUGCCCGCUCAUCAUCUUCAUUUCAGUCAUGAGCUAGCUCGACGGUUAGACAACCUUCCAGUCGCUGCCGCCGCUGCCGCCGCUGCCGCCGCUGCCGCCGCUGCCGCCGCUGCUGACGAGGACGCCUCCGUAAAAAACUGCGGGGCACAGUCCAGUCGAUGGCGCUGGCCGUCCUCUGUCGGGCACGCCGCCAACAUCAUCGACAACGACGCCGCCAUUAACAACCUGCUCGCCGAGAAGAACAGCUUACACAAAGCCUACGCAGACCACCCCACCGAAGACAACAGAGCUGCAUUCUACUGCAGUCGCCGCCCUAUGCAACAGCGACUGCAUGAGAUGUAG